AUGACGAAUAGUACGAUGGCAACAGCAUUACAUCCAUUAGUCCAAUGGGCUCAACGUGAUAAACUGCUUUACUUGACUAUUGAAAUUGAUAAUGUGGCGGAUCUCCAAAUCACCGAAAAAUCUCUUCACGUCAAGGGCACAUAUGGUGGCAGCAAGGCUCUUUACGAAGCAACUUUCGAUUUUUAUGCGGGAGUAAAGACGGAUUAUCGUAAAAUUGCUAACGACAGACAUUUGGAAUUGGUUAUCAACAAGGAAACACCAAACUGGUGGCCACGAUUAGCUAAGAGUAAUGCUAAGCUUCCAUGGGUAAAGGUUGAUUUUAACAAAUGGAAGGAUGAAGACGAGGAUGAAGAUGAUAUGAAUGGUGGUGAUCUCGAUUUCCAAAAUUACAUGUCGAAGUUAGAUGCAGGUGGUGCAGGUGCACCAAAUUUGGAUGGUUUUGAUGAUGAUGAUGAUAAAGAUGAUGAUGAUGACGAUAUGCCAGACCUAGAAGAUGUUGAUGAUAAAGAAAGUCUCGAUGAUGAAGAAGGAAAGGCAGGAGCUGCAGCAGAAGGAAAGAAAGAUAAAGUUGAAGCUGGUGAUAAGAAAGAAGGGAUUGUGGAACAUUCAUAA